UCAAUGACGCGUCUCUUCUCUUCUCAUCCGUAUCCCAGCCAAGCGCCCCGUGACCGUUCCAUUUCCACGCUCCUCCUCUUCCCCUCUCCCCCUUUGCCUCGCUCCGGAUUGCAGCGCGGCGGCGGCACACUUCCUUCCUUCCUACCAGUACCAGCAGACCCCAAGCACCCGAGAUGGCAACUACAUUCACGGCACCAAUUCUGUGCAACUUGAGAGCGAACCCACGCCUGAACCACAGCACCAGACAACAACCGGCGGACUUGCACCUGAGCUCGGCGAGAAUGGCGCCCACGCUGACAGGCUCAAGAGCACGGAGCGACUUGCGCGCGGCGGCGGUGUACAAGGUGAAGCUGAUCGGGCCGGAGGGGAAGGAGAGCGUGAUCGAGGUGGCGGAGGACAGCUACAUCCUGGACGCGGCGGAGGAGGCCGGCGUGGAGCUGCCCUACUCGUGCCGCGCCGGCGCGUGCUCCACCUGCGCCGGCAAGGUCCUGGAGGGCGGCGUGGACCAGUCGGACCAGUCCUUCCUGGACGACGCGCAGGUCGGCGCCGGCUACGCGCUCACCUGCGUCGCCUACCCCACCUCCGACCUCAUCAUCCAGACGCACAAGGAGUCCGACCUCUACUAGCAGCACUAGUUUCAUUCAAUCUUUGGCACUGUGAGUGUGAUCUGAUCCGCCUGCAUAAUGUAGCUGUCGCCUGCAUCUUAGCUAAAUUUUAUUCUCACCCCCCUUCAUCGCCGUCGACUUUAACCUGAGCAAGUGCACUUUGUAUUUUCAUUU